AUGGUCCAUGCCAUGUUUGUUUCAAGAAUCUUCACCGGCAACACACCGUCGUGGACAUGGUCACUGUUGGACCCUACCUACAUCCUAUGGUGUAUAUACUCUUCCAUCUUUGCAUCCCCACAUAGUCUCGCCAUCACAGGUGCAUCUCAAACAGACAUGGAGACAGUCGGUGUUAUAAACACCCGCAAGAUGCGGUACACCGGACGGGGCCUGAAUUGUCUCAAGUCCGGCGGCCUCAACCCUCGUCGUGAUGCCCACUGCUCAGAGGACUUGCACAACCAAGAGCCCUUUCACAGCCGGCACUGGAGCCAGAGCAAGGUUCAUCUUGUCCCUUUUCCGCCGACUGCGCAGCUCAAGCGGCGGAUUGGCCACUAUCCACUUACAUCUCAACUUGCCGGCUGGGUCUUGGACGCCUUCACCAACUACAGUCCCUCGACAGAAUGCAUGGACCUUGUGCGGCCCUUUGGUGCCGAGUUUCACGAGGUCCUCGACAGGGAACGUGCCGCCGGCACCGGUCUUCACAAUCUCAAUCUCGUCGAGUUGACCUACCAGGUGACCCUGGAAGUUGGCGCGGAGAUCCUCCUCGCCGCGACUGAGAACGGCAACACGGGAGACAUUCAGCCCGAGUUCCACUCGUCUCAGGCCGCUCGCGAUGAGCACUUUGCUCCGUGGGGGAAGCUGCUCACCGGUCUGGUCUGCGACCCCCCCAUCAUCUCCCAGUUCCCCUUCUACCUCAUGAUGUGUCAGUCGUUUGGCCUCGAGACCAACUCCAGCCAGGAAAACUACGUCUACUCGGCCUUGACGGGCGUCGACUGGGCCAAGGGCAAGAACGUCUACAGCGAGCGGUUCCGGGCCUUUGAAGAGCGCGCGCGCGCCUCGGUGCCCAACUUGGACGACAGGCUCUCCGGACAAGAUCGGUCGUUCUGGCGCGUCUCACUCGCAUACCUCGCCGCCAUGAACAAGCUGGAAAACUCGAGGGAGUUUACUACCCCUCGAGUGUCGUACAUCAAGACGGGUCUGGACCCUCUGCUGCUCAUGGCCGUCCGCGGCUUCGACACCAUCGGGUCCGCCUACAUGUGCAGCGACGGGGCCGCGUACCUGGACAACGCGGGAAUGGACUCGCUCGUCGGGUCCGCCGUUCCCAAUGACGUUAUGGACCUUCACACGGACAUAUAUACCGGGGAGACACGCAAUCUCCUCCGGCUGCUGUAUCCCAGCGGCCAGAGCUUGGACGAGGCCAUGGGCACCAUGUCCACGGUCCUCUCGGGCAUGCUUUGCGAGCUCUUCCGCGGCCAUAAGCUUGCCAGGUUCGAGGGCCGCGAAGACGGCCGCAUCGCCGCCACGUCUCCCCCGUACAGCUUUUGCCGCGCCCGCCACCGCCGCAUCUUUGAGGUCAUGGAGGCCUACACCAGCAAGUACCCCGACUUUUGGCAGUGGACGUGGGACAUCCUGGGCCGCGCCAAGAGGCAGAUUACCGAGGCUGGUCUCAACGAGCUUCUUGUCGAGGCUCUCGGCCGUGGCAUCAACCGAGAUCCGCUGCCGGACUCGCCCUACAAUGCAUUCUUCAACGGCUACUUUGACAUGAUUGAGAAGAGCCAAGAGCCGAGCAAGCUCAACAAAGCUCUUGGCGUACAAAACGAGCUGGCCGACCUUGUCCGCGAGAUUCAUGACCUGUGGCACAGACAGCUCCUGGACCCCGGCAAGAAACCCGGCUGGGGCCGCAGGUUUGACGAGAAGUCGGACGCCCUGUUCAAGCAGGCUGGCGAGCUUCUUGGCGGCAAGGGAGGCAUCACCAACGACGUGUACAAGUUUGCUAUUGCCUACGGCCGUCUGAGCAUGGCCCUGCCAUAUAUUGCCUACCACACGAUUGACGCGAUUAUCCUGUCGUACGGUACUGUGUAA